AAAGUUUAUUACAACACUAUAAAAAAAGAGGGCUCCUAUUCUUAUUGUUUCCCACCACCAACUCUGGAACUGAAGAAUAUCCUAUAUAUAGCCGCCAGCCUCAUCGGUAAUCCCUGGCGAGAAAAGAAAAAAAUCAUCAACAAAAAAUGUCAAAAUCAUCAGCUUUAUCAACAAAUCAACAAGAUGGUGGAGACCUCCGGUCACCGCUCAUCCCGCCGGCGGCGGAUGGAUAUUCAAAACCGAAGAAAGUAACGAUGGAUCAAAUGUUGGAAAAAUACUGCGGCGAGUUUGGGUGGUGGCAAUUGAGACAUUUCGUGCUAACGAGCUUGGCUUGGGCGCUGGAAGGGAUUCACACCAUGGUCAUGAUUUUUUCGGAUCGUGAACCCGGGUGGCGGUGUUCGACGAGUCGNGGGUGCGGUUCAACGGCUAAAAGUGUGUGCGACCUUGAGCCAGGGUCUUGGGAAUGGUUCGGUGGAAUUGGAAGUUCUACGGUAUCGGAGUUUGGAUUGAUAUGUGGACAGAAAUACAGAGUUGGUCUUGUCCAAGCCUUAUUUUUCGCUGGCUGCAUGAUCGGUGCUGGAGUAUUUGGACAUCUCUCAGACUCCAAAUUAGGAAGGAAAGGCUCCCUCACAAUUGUUUGCAUCUUAAACGCCAUCUUUGGUUGUAUAACAGCAUUCUCUUCGGACUACUGGACCUAUACCUUAUUCCGUUUUCUUUCCGGUUUCAGCACCGGCGGCACUGGCCUUUGUUCUUUUGUUCUUGCCACUGAACCCGUUGGCCAGUCCUGGCGCGGCGUAGCAGGAAUGUCCACGUUCUAUUUUUUCUCUACUGGGAUAGCCGCUCUCUCUGCCAUUGCUUAUUUCUUCCAGUCGUGGCGCUCUCUUUACAUUGCUUCUUCAGUCCCAUCUGUUCUGUUCGUUAUCCUCGUACUUCCUUUCCUCCACGAGUCACCUCGCUGGUGCCUCGUUAGAGGAAAGGUAGAUGAAGCCAUGAAGAUCAUGCAUAAAAUCGCCAUAUCAAAUGGAAAACACCUUCCUGAUGGAGUUCUUCUUGCACUCGACAGUGAAGUGAAUAAUGAUGAUGCUCCUCAUUCUCAAUCCGAAUCAAAGCUGGAACCCGAUACCAAAGAAGCGUUAAACGGAUCCCUUUUAGAUGUACUAAGGUUUCCUCUAACGCGAUUUCGGUUGUUCUUAGCUGUGGCUAUUAACUUCUUCUGUUCCGUUGUCUAUUACGGGUUGAGUUUGAAUGCUGUCAACCUUGGAACCAAUCUCUACCUGAACGUUGCUCUUAACGCAGUGGCUGAAAUGCCUGCCUAUCUUAUAACCGCAUUAGUUUUGGACAGGCUCGGUAGAAAGCCAUUAGCAAUAUGGACAAUGUGGUUCAGUGGAGCUUUUUGCUUGGCAGGAAGCUUGAUGAAAGGUUACGGAGCGUGGAAAAUUGUUCGAAUGGUUUGUGGAGUUUUAGGUAUAUUUGGUAUGGCUGGGAGUUACAAUUUGUUGUUCGUGUAUUCGAUGGAGUUGUUUCCAACUGUGGUGAGAAAUGCAGCAUUAGGAUGUGCAACUCAGGCGUCGCAAAUGGGGGCAAUUUUGGCACCCCUUGUGGUUGUUUUAGGGGGUGGCAUACCAUUUGCAGUGUUUGGAGCAUGUGGAAUAGCUGGAGGGUUACUGGUAAUGUACUUGCCUGAAACCUUAAACAGACCAUUAUAUGACACAAUGGCUGGAAUGGAAGAAGCUGAAGCAGAGAAACCAUGUAUUCUAGCUUAAUUUGCAGGUUUUAGAGAACUUUCUUCUUCUUCAUUUUUUGUUUCAAAUUUUGUUUUUAGUUUGUGAAUGUUUGUACUUUAUUUUGAGAAACCUCUUUUUGGAUUAUACUUAGAGACUUACUAAUAGUAUUAUUCAUCUUACAUUA